UUUGUUCGCGGUUGUGGAGUGGUUUGGAAAAUUCAUGUUUUACAUAAUUCUCUUCAAUUAAUUGGAGAAAAGUUUAAUAAGGGAUUUCCCAUUGCUCGGCGAAAUGGCGCAGCUUCCAUCGCCGCUGAUAUCACAUUCGCAAAAAGUUUGCCGUCUGUAUAAAAAAAUUUUGCGAAAUAUCGAAUCUUGGUGCAUAAGUAAACAUGAAUUCAGAUACAAUGCAACGAUUUGUCGGUCAAAAUUCGAAGUGAACAAGGGUAUAAAAGAUCUGCGAUUAGCCAAUAAACUUUUAAAUGAAGGAGAAGAAUGGCAUUUUAAAUAUCAACAUCCGAUUCCAAAGAAAUUCCCCUAUUCGGUUGGAGGCUGCGCCUAUCAACGUGAGCCCCUAAUUCCCGAUUGGGUUCUCGAUUACUGGGAUCCUUGGGAAAAGGCCUUUUAUCCAAAAUAUUUUGCUAAACGCGAGCAACGAAAGAAAGAGUACGUUGAGUUCUAUAAGAAAAUGUACGGCGAACCCGAAAAGGAGCAUCAUUAAAAGCAAAAGAGAAGCAAUUCUUGUUAUUUCUUGCUCGUUUGUUCAACAAACAGCUUAGGAUUUAUUAACAUACUAUUUAGAAGAAUGUCAACUUGUAAAUAAAGACAAUCUAAAAAUGUAAA